AUGUAUUUUACCUGGUAUUUUGUUAAUUUAUAUCUUUGUAGUCCAUAUAUGAAUCGAAGAGCUGCCAAAGGUGAAUCCUAUGAACCAACUCGAAUCGAACAUAUUGCAAAUGUUAUCACACAUGGUGUUGCGAUUGUGCCAAGCAUAUAUGGCAUGAAUUAUAUGAUUGCUACAUCUCAUCGAAAUCUUCAAUUUACUGUUUCUGUUGUAUAUGGUUUUUUCACCACGCUGUUGUUCAUUACUUCGACAGCCUACCACGUGUGUGAAUUGCUUUUUCGGCCAAAUCGCAAAAAACUCCGAUAUUAUUUGCAUAUUGUCGAUCGUGCGGCGAUAUAUUUCUUUAUUGCUGCAUCGUAUACUCCAUGGUUGGCUUUGCGACACAGUGGUUUUCCAGGAAUCACUAUGAAAUGGUCAAUCUGGCUUUUCGCAACAUUGGGAAUCGCAUAUCAAUAUGCAUUUCAUGAAAGAUUCAAAACAUUCGAAACUCUUUUGUAUAUCUUCAUUUCCUCUGCUCCUUCUAUCAUCGUUUUCAAUAUGAACGAUCGAAGUGGUUUGAUAUUUGUUGGUAUUGGUGGGAUAUUUUAUUUUAUUGGUGUCAUUUUUUUUAAACUUGAUGGUAUUAUUCCUUUUGCGCAUGCGAUAUGGCAUUUGCAUGUAGUAGCUGGCGCCGCAUUUCACUACUACGCUGUUUCAACAUAUUUAUUGGGACCAGAUCGCUUGAAUCCUGUUCCAGAAAUAGACGACUUAUGA